CAUGAUGCCUGAGCAGAGACCGUCUCAACUUCCUCCCUGCCCUGGCCCUCCGCCGAGCCGGCCUUUGCCUCCUGUGCCAAAGAGAGGCUAAGGCUGAAGGGUUUCGCGACCUCUUUUCUUCGGAUUCGACAUUCAUGAUAACCCACAUGGGCAUGCGACAACUCUCCAGCUACGGCCUCGUGCUGUAUUUCUUCCGGAGCCAACGCCCCGAGAGGCACGCCAUUGCGCUUCUGUAUGCCUUGAAGCCGCAGACUUUGGACGCAUCACAAGCCCCCAGUACCUCGACACGGCCACGCGGGUGUUACCCUCGCAUGCUAAUUGGCCGACGCGGCCUAAGAAGCUUUGCGCUCCUCAACCUCGCAGCAUGCUGUGCAUGCCUGGACAGAUUGCCCUCGCAUCGCACCAAUCCGCAUCGCUGUUUCACCACUGGAGUCAUUCACACACCAUCGCCGCCACUUCCAUGGUUUCGCGGGAUGCACUUUCGAGAGCCGGCUCAGCAAUCUCGAUUCUCACCUUCGACUUCCAACCUAAUCAGCGCGAACAUUACGGGCGCAUUCUCACCCCUGUACCACCACGGGGGAUACGGACAUUUUAAUCCACGGCUUUGCUUCUUUUUCUUGAUUUGAGCAACGAUAUCGGUAUUGAGUGUUACGACGUUUCGGCACAUCUGGGUUUUUUAUAGAGAGGGUUUCACCUGUAUCACUACACUAUGAGCAUUGGGAACGGCGUCAUAUGAUACCAACGGGGCUGAGACUCCGCAGGACGCUGAUUUCAUGAGGAUAACGGGAGUUUCUAGGUGAUGCGUCGGGCGCGGGCGGGUUGUUGCCGA